GCGCUACUCUCUAUUCUCCCUCAUCUGUCUGUGGUUCUCUCUGUGUCGCUCUCCCUCCUUUCCCUUUUCUCCUCCUUUUUGACUCUCUCUUCCUCUCUCUCUUUCUUUCUUUCUUUCUUCCUUUCUUUCUUUCUUUCUUUCUUUCUUUCUUUCUUUCUUUCUUUCUUUCUCUCCCUCGGCGUUUUCGUCGUGAAUGUGGAGGAAGAUGGCGCGGACGCCCAAGGCAUUGAGAAGUGCUGUGCGAGUAUUGGUCCGUACUCGACCAACAGUAAACUUCGCCGAUAGCACGUUCACGUUUCAUCCCGAUAAGCAGGGAGUAACAAUGCAUGUGAGGCGAAGGGAUGACAUCUGUACAGGAAGCCAACAAUUCGACAGCCACAGUUUCAAAUUUGAUGGUAUUUUGCACCAUGCAUCACAAGAGGAAGUCUUCGAGGCAUCCACUGCGGGCAUCCUGGAGAGUGUGCUUGAGGGAUAUAAUGGCACAAUCCUCGCAUAUGGGCAGACGGGGGCCGGGAAGACGUUCACCAUGAUGGGUGGCAGGGAGUCAUAUGCUCAUAGAGGCAUAAUUCCAAGGGUCAUCUCACAAAUAUUCCACGACAUCAAAACCCGUCUAGUGCCCAUGACUGUGACAGUGCGCAUCUCAUACAUUGAGCUUUAUAAUGAGAUCAUUUUGGACCUCUUGGCAUCAGGCGAAAAAAUGGACGAAGGUGGCUUGUCUGUGGCUGAAGACAAAAAAGGAAAUGUCAUCCUGAAAGGUGUCAACACUGUGAUGGUGACCAAUGAGCAAGAAGCACUGAGCUUGCUCUUUGAGGGAGAAACCAAUCGUGCUAUAGCAGAGCAUCAGUUGAAUCGGUCGUCUUCAAGAUCACACGCCAUCUUCACCAUAGCCUUGGAGCUAAGAUCUAACAUUGACCCGGAUGGAACGGUCCUUACAUCCAAGUUUAACCUGGUGGAUCUUGCAGGCUCAGAGAGACUAUCCAAGACAAGGUCAACUGGAGAUGGAGCAAGGGAGGCAACGUACAUCAAUAAAUCGUUGACGUUUUUAGAGCAAGUCAUCAAGGCCGUGUCGGACAAGAACAGGGACCACAUUCCAUACAGGUCUUCCAAAUUGACUCAUGUGCUGAAGGACUCAAUUGGUGGCAACUGCAAGACAGUGAUGAUUGCAAACAUUUGGGUGGAACCUCAGCAUGUAGAUGAGACACUCUCCACCCUCAAAUUUGCCUCAAGAAUGAUGCACAUUGCGAAUGAGGUGGUGUUGAAUAUCCGGCAAGACCCGGAAAUCAUGAUAAAGAAGCUGGAGAAGGAGGUGAAGGAUUUGAAGCGCGAGCUUGAAAUGCGGGAUACCAUCAGCAGUUGCAAUAAGGAAGAGACAAUAAAUGAUCCAUAUGCAGGGGAGCAGCAGCAAGCACUACUGCAGGAGGAGGUUAAGGAGUUUCUAGAGGAUGAAGAUGUCGUCAAUGACGGAGAGAAUGGAAUUCCAUUCGAUUUCAAGAGCCUUCGGCAUGUGAGAGAAGUUCUGCUCGAGUGCAAGGCUCUCUAUCUUCAAGCCCGGAGACAGAAAGAACAGAAGUCAUCUCCAAGCACUGCCUCGUCAUCAUGCACGCACUGUGGGCUCAUCUACUCCAGCAGGGACUCACCUCACCAUCUCAUACGGUCAACUCAAUAUCGAAGGGAAGCAAUGAAUAUGCGAGAAGGCGCUCAGGGUGCGCUCACUGUGGACGUGGGGAAUGAUGAGGAAGAAGUGGGAGACACACCUGAUGAUGGAUUUGCUGCAGGGUUUGCAAUAGGGGAAGCUCCUAUGCAUGCCAGGCCGAUGAGUUCAUCCACUGGCACAGAAGGACAAAGAGCACUGCAGCAGCUGUCAUUGGCACUGAAGGACAAAGCCACAGGGUCUCCGGAAUGGCAUAAACGUCAAGAUCCUAAGUUUGCCUCAGCAUCCUCAAAUUCGUCCUCCCAAUCGACUUCUCGAUCCAAAGCAUUUUGCACUACCCUCGACUCCCGUGGCAAACAGACAUCCGACGCCUUCAGCAUCGACUCAAAAGCAACCAGGAGUGCUGCAUUUGAGGAAUUCAAAAUAGUUCCCACUGUUGCGGUUCCCACCGCCGCCGCUUCCACCGCUGUGGUCUCCACUGCUGCAGUUUCUACUGCUGCUGUUUCAACUCCGGGUUUCACUCCAGCAGUUUCUGCUACGGAAGUUGCCUCCGCUGCUCGUCCUGUCACUGCUUGUUCAUCUGCUGCUAAUGCAGUUCCCACUGUUGCGGUUCCCACCGCCGCCACUUUCCACCGCUGUGGUGAGGCCAACAUCAACAUGCACAACUUCCCCUCGUUUAGCAAGAAGGCCCUAGACUUGAAGUCAAAGAUAGGGCAUGGACAGACACCCACGGCGGAUGGUAGGAAAAAGUCACUGCCUCCCAACUGGAAGGCGAAGGGGCGCAUUAUGUUCAUCGACAACGAUGGUUCUACCAUCGAGUUGGAUGACGACUUCCAGGCGGGAGUGGGUUCAUUGGCAAGUAGCGUAGAGGCUUCAGGGGGUGGAGUAGUCGCUGCCUCAGUUCAAAAAGGCGAGCUUGAUGAGCUCCGCCUGCAACUCAAGGAACUCGUAGAGAAGGGUUGGAUCCGGCCGAGUGUCUCCCCUUACGGAUCUCCAGUCUUAUUUGUGCCGAAGAAGGGGGGAACUUUGAGGAUGUGCAUUGACUAUAGGGGCCUCAAUGUCAUCACUGUCAAGAAUCGAGAGCCCCUACCGCGCAUCGACGACUUGCUAGAUAGAGUGCAAGGGUGUCGGUACUUCAGUAAGAUAGAUCUGAAGUCCGGGUACCAUCAGAUUGCAAUACGGCCCGAGGAUCAACACAAAAUCGCUUUUCAUACCAGUUACGGUUUGUACGAGUUUGUGGUGAUGCCUUUCGGCCUUUGCAAUGCUCUUGGCACUUUUCAGCACGCUAUGAAUCGGAUCUUUCAUGACUACUUGGACAAGUUCGUCAUCGUGUACCUCGAUGACAUACUUAUUUUUAGUAGGACUGUUGAGGAGCAUGUUGCGCACUUGAACAAAGUCCUCAGUCUCCUUCGACAGCACAAAUUCAAGAUCAAUGGGGAGAAAUGCGAGUUUGGUCGCACCCGGAUCUUGUACUUGGGUCAUGAGAUUUCCGCGGAGGGUUUGAAGCCCGAUGACACGAAGGUGGCCAACAUUCGUGACUGGCCGCGUCCUCAGUCUGUGAUUGAGAUGAGAUCCUUCUUAGGGAUGACUGGCUACUACCGCAAUUUUGUCAAGAACUAUAGCAUAGUGGCCGCCCCUUUGACGGAUUUGACACGCCUUGACACCCCAUGGGAGUGGACAGACAGGUGUGAGGCUGCUUUCAGACUUUUGAAACAUGCCCUCACUCACCAUGAGGUCUUGAAACUGCUCGAUCCUGAUAAGAUGUUCAUAGUAACCACGGAUGCCAGCCAGUAUGGCAUUGGUGUCGUACUUGCGCAGCAGGAGGGGCCAAAGUUGAGGCCAAUCGAGUACAUGUCCAAAAACAUGCCGUUUCUGAAGUUGGCUAAGUCCACCUAUGAGAAGGAGCUCUAUGCGGUUUAUAAGGCACUGACCCAUUGGAGACGUUACCUCCUUGGGAGCUGCAGAACAGGGAACACAGCUGCAGAUGACAUCAGGGAACCAUCCAGAGGCGAAUGGGCAAGGAGAGCAGUUGAACCGCGCUAUGCGGGAAAAGCGCUCAACGAGUCCUUGAUCGAAAAUAAGAAAUCCCUGAAGGACAAGAAACAGAGAAUAAAGGAGGUGGCAACAACAAUUAAUGCAAUAAAGCAUGAAAUCGACAGUCUGCGGGCGCGAAUUGAAGGAAAGAAGGCUGAGAAGAUGGCAUUGUAUGAGGAGGACGGACAGCUGCCUGAGGAGGUUGAAGUCAUGGAUGAAGAGGAGUUCGAGUCCGUCGUCAAGCUCAAGGACUUGAAGAAAAAGUAUCGGACAUUUUACGAAGAACUGACUACGCUAAGAUCUGAAGCAGAUUACAUAUCAAAGCUGGUUGACCACUGCACUCAGCAGCUGCUGAUGGACUUCGACUCCUGGUACAAGCAAGUUUUUCUUCCGUCACACUGUCUGCCGAAUGAGAUGCAGGAGAGUGGGUUUUGUGAUGCAAGCGUUCGAGCAGUGACCAAUGCUAGUCGAGAAUUUACGGACGCUAACCUCGCCAUCGCGAUGGAAGACAAAGGCCUCGGCGAUGAUAACCAAGGAAAAACUGCGAAAGAGGAAGGCAGCAGUGACCGAGAGAACGUUGAUCCUGCAAAAGAAGCAUUCUUCAAUGCACAGAAACAGACAAAAGCCAAGCGGCGAGCCAAGGCCCCCCACCGCGUAGGAAAACCGCACUUCCUCUGAAAGAUCCGGGGCCAGGUCCCACUUGCACGAAUUCAGAGAUACUGACCGUCGAUAGCCAAGAUCAACGGUCCAAAUCUCCUAGUUUGCGCAAGUGGGACCUUGCCCCCGGCCUGGAGCUGCAUUGCUAUUGCAACUCUCCUUCAAACUCCUAGGAGAGUACUCACACUAGCCAGGGGGGUGGUAUGGGACGCACCUGGCCACAUUUACGGCCAAACCUGGAUGAAUAUGACCGCAAUUACGUCCGUAAACAAGGUAAAAACGUCCUGGUGCGAGUGUGCCCUCCUCACUCAUAACUAACCUGCUCUCUCUGGGGUAUAGUUGCUCUCUCCUUCCCCUCUUCCUCCUCCUCCUCCUCCUCCUCCUCCUCUCUUCAUGGGCCGCCUUUCGUGCAUUUGAACGCCGGUCUGCAUUUUCCUCUCUUCAUAUGCCCCCUUUCCUUUUUCUCGGUCCUCCUUUUUUUUCCCAGUUCUGUUUUCGAUUCGAGUUUCAAACUCGCGUCUGCGUUUCGACAGUUCAUGGGUGCACCAACUGAGCUAGGCCUGUUGGUGGAUCUGCCCUCUUUUUUCCCUUUUUCUGCCAAAACUUAGGUCGUACACUCGCACUAGGACUUUCCUUGAUGUAUCUGACCGGAAUUACAGGCCAGUGUGCUGUAAUUUCGACCGAUAAAUAAAUCUAUGGCAG